GAGAAUUCAACUCCCACAAAACUAUUUAUUGCAAAUUAAGAUUUUGCCAAGUUAAUGGUUGGGAGUUGGCUUCCCGUGCUACCUCAUCGUCCUCAACUCCACUGAAGCGGGUCGCGGAAGAAGAACAACGAUGAGGAGGAGACCUGGAAUCGGCGGCUUGCAGAACGCCGCUGCCUCUAGGGACCAAUAUCGUCUGCUGGGCGAGAAUGUUGCCAAGAUCAGAACCGAUCUCAUGAAGGAGCAGCUCACCACUUUCCGAACGCAGUUGGAAGAUUUCGCUCGAAAGCACAAGAAUGACAUUCGAAAGAACCCAGCUUUCAGAUCACAAUUUCACAACAUGUGCACGAAGGUCGGAGUAGAUCCCUUGGCAUCCAAUAAGGGUUUCUGGGCAGAGCUUUUGGGGAUUGGUGAUUUCUACUAUGAACUUGGGGUGCAAAUUGUUGACAUUUGCUUGGCAACAAGACCCCACAAUGGGGGUUUGAUCAACCUGCAGGAACUCUGCCGUCUGCUUCGUCAGAGGCGGAAGAGUGACCGUGAAGCUGUUUCCGAGGAUGAUUGCCUGCGUGCUAUAAGCAAGCUCAAGGUAUUAGGUAAUGGUUAUGAGGUUAUUUCUGUUGGAAAGAGAAAGCUUGUUCGUUCUGUUCCAACUGAGUUGAACAAAGACCAUAAUGAAAUUUUAGAGCUAGCCCAGGCUCAAGGCUUUGUGACCGUCCCUGAGGUGGAGAGACGGCUAUCUUGGACCACUGGCCGUGCAAUCGAUGCCUUUGACACUUUAUUAGAUGAGGGUCUUGCAAUGAUUGAUGAUGGUCACAAAGAUGGUGUACGCCGAUAUUGGUUCCCCUGUGUAUCUUCCAUCUCCACUCCACUAGGAGCCGACAGUUAACAAACACGAAAUUUCUCAACAUAAUGGAGUUCAAAAGGGUUAUAGGUGCAUACCCAAACAUUUGUGAUUUAUUUGUAUUUUCCUUUUGUAAUACUAGUUGGUUCAACAGACUGCUGCUGGAUAAUGUAUUUCAUGGUAUAAAGAAGACGUUUGCAUUUGAAA